AUGAAACUCUUGGAGAAAGUUCUUAUUAAUUGUAUUAAAGGUGUUGGAUUUUAUACUACAAAGGCUAAAAGAUUAAAACGUUGUUGUGUUAUUAUGAAAGAACAAUUUAAUAAUCAAGUCCCACAAACAAAACAAGAUUUAUUAUCACUUCCUGGUGUUGGACCAAAAAUCGCUUCAUUAAUUUUAUCAAUUGGAUUUGAUAGAUUAGAGUCAUUAGCAAUUGACACUCACAUAUUUGUUAUCUCUCAUCGUUUAGGUUGGGCAGAUGGUUCAUCCCCAGAAAAAGUGAGACUUCAAUUAGAAUCAUGGCUACCAAAAGAAGAAUGGUCUUUGUUUAACAAAUCAAUUGUCGCUUUUGGUCAAUGUUGUUGUCGUAAAAUCCAUCCAAAAUGUAAACAAUGUCCAAUACAAGAUAAAUGCCAUUAUUAUCAUAAAUCAACCUAA